AUGCGAUCUCUUGCAUGGCUCGUCUCCCUCCCCAUUGUGGCUGAAGCCGGUGAGGUCCUGUGGAGCGGGUUAUUCGACGCAUCAGCAACUGUUGCUGACUUUGACGAAUGGUCAUGGUCUAACCAAGUCGGCGCCUGGCAGUGGUAUAUUCACGGGUCUGCACCCACAGAAGAGUACCUAGGUCUCUCACCUGACCACAAGAAUCCGGCCGGUACCAGCGAUGAACAGGGAAUUCGGAUCACAAUUGUAGGUCAUAUCCGAAGCUCAAGUGGACUAGAAGCUCAUAACAGUCAGGAUGGAACGUCGUUCUGGAAUGGACAAACCAUGGAACGAUCCGAGAUCAUUCCCCAAACCAAGGCAAAUCUGGGUAGCGGGCAUCUGUUCUAUCAUUUCUCCCUGAAGACAGAAGAGACGAAUGCCCCGAAUCCAGGCUUCGAGCACCAGAUCGGGUUCUUCGAGGUAUCAUUCCCCCGUUCCAGAGCAUCAAAGAAAUCAACAGCUAACAAGUAUGUCCACCAGAGUCAUUUCACAGAGCUUAAAUACGGCGCCAUGAGCGGCACUUCGGGCGAUGACAACACCCUCCGCUGGUGCGUCGGUGGAGUCUCGCACUGGGAAACUGAUUUGGAAGCAGGAACGUGGUACAACUUCGCCUACGACAUUGAUUUCGACGCGAAGACGGUUGGAUUGUGGGCGUCAAAUGGGGCCGAUGACCUGACAGAAGUUGUGCCCGCUGUCAGCGCGUCGACUUCGACUAACUCCGCGGAUUGGCAUGUCGGCGAGUUGCGGCUCGAUAAUGGGGGCUCGGAUGCGGCUGCGGAGGAUUGGUUUUGGUCUGGCAUCUUUGUGGAGAAGGCUCCGAUCACGGCUGGUAUUGCGGGUCCUGCGUGA